AUGACGAAAGAGGUUCAACCGCAAAAUAUGACCCUCCACCUUGUCGGCGUGGGCGUUAGCCAUUCUAUUGCCCCUGCAAUGCACAACUCCAUUGCCAAAUCCCUCGGCCUUCCAUGGACUUUCUAUGCCACUGAGUGUCCAACAAUGAAUGAUCUACUCCAAAUCGCCAGGGAACGAACUACGGCUGGCCUGGUAGUGACUAUGCCAUACAAGAAUUCAAUCAUGAAGCAUCUCGACGAGUUGGAUGACUUGUCUCGCAUGAUCGGGGCUUGCAACAAUGUCUACUACAAAGAUGGAAAUCCUAGAAGGUUGUGUGGCACCAACACCGACUGGCAAGGCAUCAAGGGCUGUCUGCUGGAGCGAGGUGACGAGAAUGAGAGACCAUCCGCAGAAUCACCUGCAGCAGCAUUGAUCGUCGGGGCUGGAGGAGCCAGUCGUGCAGCUGUUUAUGCUUUGAUGGUGCAUCUGCACUGCCCAACGAUCUAUGUCUUGAACAGGGAUGAACAGGAGGUGAUGGAUCUUAUCGAUGAUUCAAAGAAACUGCCAAUUAUACCCAAAGUCGUCCACAUAAAAACGAUGGAUCAAGCCAAAGAAUCAGACAGUCCGUACUAUGUCGUCGGUACAGUCCCCGAUAUCGAGCCAAAAACCAAAUUCGAGGUGGCCAUGGCUUCGAUGCUCGAGUCGUUUUUGUCUCGGCCCAAGAAAGGUGUGUUGUUGGACAUGUGCUUCAAGCCUCGGAGGACCAGAAUGAUCAAGCUUGCGGAGAAGUUGGGUUGGCCGUGUGUGGAGGGCACGCAUGUCAUCGGCUAUCAGAUCGAGGAGCAGUGGCGGCUAUGGGCCGGAGAGGAUUGCAUCGAGAAACUUGACCAAAAGGAGGCAUGGAAAGUGCUAUUGAAAGCUGCCGAUGAAAGUAAAGGGAUCAACUUUUGA